AUGUGGAAGGUCUGCACUUAUCAGUCCAACAACCUCCAGAGCAGAGCCAUAGCGUGUCACCGCUACACCUACAGUGACAGCUACCUGCCCCUCAAUAUCCGCAUCACUCAGCACCUGCUGCUGGCUGCCAACCUCCUGGCUCUCUUGGGGAAAGUGCUCACCAUCAUGGGUCUGCAGAGAGUGUGUGUGGCUCAUCUUCAGAAGGAAAACACCUGCAAUCUCUUCUUAGCUUCCGGAGCCGUGAGCAUCAUAGUUGGGGUAUUUAUCUUCAUUGUUGUGAUCUGGAACUAUCAUGCUGUGAUGAAUGAAGACGGCAUACACUUCCCACCAUCCUUCUACAUGCCCUUCAGGCCCCACCAGCAGGAGAUUGGCAGCACAGUCCCCGUGGCAGUUCUGGCUGCCAUCCUGAUACUGCUGAGUGGGCUGUUUACCCUGUCUUACCAGCUUCUCCCUGGACAGCCAAGUGUACCUGAGGCCUCAGAAGUGUGA